GUGAAUGGCUAUGCAAGAAGAAGCAGAGCUUUAAACAGCUGAUUUUGCCGUGUUGUCGUUUCUCUGAGUAAUUCUUUAAAAAAUGGAUUUAAAAACAGUUUAUGUUACAGUUGGAACCACAAAAUUUGAUGCCCUGGUAGCAGCCAUCACCUCGGAACCCGCCCUCAAGGCCUUGAAGACCCGACAAUGCCAAAAACUCAUCAUCCAACAUGGAAACUCGCUACCUCUGACCGAAGAUGCAGUGCAACUGAUAAGGGACUCCCUCGGACUGGAAAUAGAGCAAUAUAAAUUCCGUCCAAAUAGAGAGGAUAUUAGAGACGCUGACUUGAUAAUUGGACAUGCCGGAGCUGGAACAUGCAUGGAUAUUCUGAACAACAAUAAGCACGGCCUUAUUGUAAUCAACGACCAGUUAAUGGACAAUCACCAGUGGGAGCUGGCCCGCCAACUGGCCUCAGAAAACUAUCUCUAUUACAGCAAAGUCGCCGAUUUGGAUGAGAAUCUGGCCACGUUGGACUUUAAUGCUCUGAAACCCUACGAAACCCAGCCCGAGAACUUGAAAAAAUUUGUGGCCGCCGUUAAUGAACUAAUGUCUUGAAGAAAUAUAUCUUGUUUUUAGCACCAACCCCUAUGGGGUUAGUUUUUUUUAAAUAUUUAUUUAAGAGUAUACAAGUAUAGUUAAUAAACACGAUAAACGUUUA